CACACCACUACACCACUCACGCCUCCUCCCCUCUCUCUCAGUCCACCCCUCCCCAUUUCCACCACUCCGCCCUCGCCGCCGACCGCCGCCGCCGCCGCCUUCGCCGUCGUCUCGCAGCGCGACCCACGGCCACGCGGGGGGGACGCGCUCGUCGUCUCUCUCUCUGUCCUCUUGUGGUUCCCGCCGACGCACGAGCAGGAGCUAGGGUUUCCGGCGCCGGGGCGCCGGGGGUUAUGAGCAGCAGCCGCCGCCCCGCAGGAUCUAGGGUUCCGACGACUCCGCUCACGGAUGGAGGGUGGUAGAGGCGCGGGCGACCUCCACUCGGCAAACACCCAUGGAUUAUGAUGAUUCUGAUUUUCAGAGCCAGAAUUUCCAGUUAGCUGGUGAAGACAACAAUAAAUUCCCAGCAGGUCUGCGGCAAUUUCCACUGCCCAAACUUGACAUCGACGACCAACUACAAAGCCACCUCAGAUUUGAUAACCUAAUUGAUUCAGAGGGACUUUUUAGCGGACAAGGUCACGGCAACAGUUGGAUUGAGGUUUUGUCCACUGGAAGUAGUGUUGUUGAUUUUAGUUCUAGUGCUGCUGAAUCUUGCUCUAUAAAUAGGACAAAUAAUGUAUGGUCUGAGGCAACAUCCACUGAAUCUGUGGAAAUGUUAUUGAAGUCAGUGGGUGAAAAUGAGAUGACCGGUAACAUGGAUGAGAACGCACAUCAUCAGAUUAGUGGAAUGGACAGUAAAACUGAUCCAUCCAACAUGCCGUCCAAAACAAGUGAUUCUCCCACAGGCAACAUUAUAGUACCAGCUGAGAAUGAUAAGUCUCAGAGCACUCGUUCGGAAAUGGCAGAAGAUCCUUCAAGGAUUCAGCCUCAGCUUGAGCAUAUCAGACCUUUCUCAGUGGAUGACAAAGCUGAACAAGCAGUAGGUUCAACUUUAUCAGACAGAAAAUCUAACUAUACGCUGGAAUCUGUUUCUGAGAGGUGCAUAGUGAGUGGGAGGUCUUCUUCUCCAAAGAAAACAUCAGAAAGCUGUCCAGAUGUUGGCAGCUAUUUUGAGGUGGUCCAUGAUGACGAUUCUUUGGACAACCUCAACAUACAGUCAGAUGGAGUAGGUUCUAGAAAGUUGAAUAAUGAACCCUUCUCAGACUUGGCACCAUUACAGAACAUUUAUACUACCAGCUCAUAUCACUUUGAGCAGGACAAUCAAGAAUCAGGAGUUGGUGUUACCACUCAAGGUUCAGAAAUAUGCCACACGAAUGAAAAUAAAGAUGGACUUCAUGAUUUGCAAAAUUUGUCAUGUACAAGCCAGCAUUUGGGUUCUUCAAACUUAACUAGUGAAGUUAGCAAUGAAACUUUAUUGUCGGGAAGUUCUGAUGGAUUACUGGAGGCCAUCACAAAUCCAGUAAAGAUGCUGCACAGGAGUGAUGACACUAGUAAGAGAGCCAGUGCUACACUGCAAUCAUCUUUCUUACAAGUCGAGCAUGCAUCAGAAGGCACAAAAGGUUCUAUUGACAGGAGCAGUGAGCCCGCCAUGAAGAAAUUUGGUGCUAGUGAAGAACCCAAUUCUGCUAAAUCUCAAGGUGAGCCAGAUUUGAAAAAUUCUAGUCCUCAUCUUGUCAUUCCUUUGCCAACCAUAAGUGGUGAGUUUAUUCAGUCUCCAAAAGGAAAACAGCUUGCUCAUGUUGCUGGAGUUUCUGAAGAAACCAAAUAUGACAGGGUGGAUGAUACGAACCAUAGCACUAGUGAUGACUCAAAACUUGCCAUGUUGGAGCAGCUUCAAGAUUCUGUUGAUAAUCUAUCUAGUGGUGUUAUGGAAGAGAAGACAAUCAGAGGGCAAAUCUCAGCUGUUUCAGGGAACGUUGUACAUGUAGUGAAAAGUGGUCAUUGUGAAAAAGUUGCAGUUUCUACCAGUACAACAGAUGAUAAGUUUGAGUCACCGGGUGAUAUUGUGCCUGACAAUUCUUCAGCUUGUUUACCUGAUGAAAAAGACCCAAGCAUCACAGUUAACCACGAGGUGUCAUUCAAGGAAGGUGUUGUGCCUGCAUUAGAAGACGAUCCUGAGAAAAUGUCCUCAAUGAAUCAUGAGGAGCCAUUGAAGGAAGAUGAUAAAUCUACUUUAGAAGUUGGAGAACACAAUACCACAUCUCCUGUUUCUGAGCCCUUGCUGAUGGGAUCAACAGGAUCAGUGAAUCCGAACAUUGAUACUAUUUGUAGCAGUGGUACUGAUGCUGUUGCAGAAACACCACAAUGCGAAGAACAGGCCACUUCUUCGGGUAGUUUGACCACAAAUGCAACUCAGGAUAAACUAGGUGAUCAUCCAGACGCUUGUCCACCGAAAGUCUUGACUACUGGGCCUUUGAUGCAACCUGAGGAUCAUGAAGAUUUAGUUGCACCAUCCUCUGUCUUGGGUGCCUCGUCUGAAAAGGGUGAACAAAAUAACGGAAAAGUUCCCUUGAAUGGGAUGGAUGAUUCGGGUGUGCAGUUACAAGAUAAGGUAUUAAGUCAUGGUGGAGAUCGUACUCUUGUUACUGUUUCAUCAGAGAAUAAGAAUGGCUUAGAACAUGGGACUGGUGAAGGAAGCUGCACUGAUGCUACAUGUGGUUCGCCUACAGUGAUUAGUUGCAAUGAAUCCUGUCCAGAAGAAGAUGGGCAGGGCAGUAAUGCUUUGCUUCAUCACAAACAAACCGAACCACCCAAGGAUCCUAAAGAUCAUACAGCUUCGACUAACAAUUCCCAUGUCUCAAAAGAAGGUUCUUCCAGAAAUGUAAAACCUACUCUUACUUCGGAGGAGACGCAUACAGCCGAAGAUAAAAGUUUUUCAUUUGAGGUUGGAGCUCCACUAAAUAUAACUGAGAAAGCUCAUGCUCCUGCUUGGAGCCCAUUGCCUCGACCUGAAGUUGCUCAGAGUCCCGAGGUAACCACUGGAAUUCCUAAACCUGGAAAUCCAUCGAAUCAUGGUAGUGAUGAAAGUAAGAAUUUGGCGAUUGUGGAGACCAGCAAAGAACAACUAUCUGGAAGGAAAGUGGUUGGAAGUGCUGAGGGGUCUUCUGUAAGCUCACAUAUUGGUCAUAUCACUAAAGCCAAAAGUACACCACUAGAGCAGGAACAACAACAUCCAACUCCUGAUGUCAAUGUUUCUUCUGCAGCUUUGGGGCACCAACCUUUCACAGAUUUACAGCAUGUGCAGCUACGUGCACAGAUAUUUGUUUAUGGAGCUCUCAUUCAAGGAAUGCCACCGGCAGAAUCUUACAUGGUGUCAGCUUUUGGAGAACCUGCAUGUGGUCGUAAGCCUCCAUGGGGGACACUUUUGCAAGCUGCUUUGGAAAGAUAUAAUAGUCAGAGGUCAUCUUUAACUGGCUUGGAGACUCCUACAAGCUCACAUAUAGGUAGCCGUGUGACGGAAAAAGCCAGUAGAAGCACAGCGGUUAAAACUGCACCAGCUAGCAAAAAGGGUGGCAAAACUGUGUUGCCAGCACAUACUGCUGUGCCCCUUCAUUUGCCAACUUUAAAUAUGUCUCCUCUUGGUAGUUCUGCUUUGAGCUUGCCACGAGGUACUCAUCUGGAUUUUGGCCAGGCUGUAUCACCAGUAUUCCCAUACAGUUCACAGACAAGGCAGCCUACUUCUGGUGUUGCAUCGUGGUUUCCCCAGAGCCCUGGUGGGCGCGCUGCCCCCUGGUUGGUUCAACCACAGAAUUUGAUAUUUGAUUCAUCGAUGAAACCGCCUGUGCCGGCAAGUGCAAAUGAAACUGCAAAGGGAGCAUCCUCUAAAAACAUAUCCAUUUCACAAGCUGUUUCACCUGUUGCAUUCCCUCCGAAUCAGGCGCCUUCUACCAUUUCUCCAUUAGCAGUCAUACCUGAGGAAAAACAGAAGGCAUCGGUUUCUACUUCUAAGCGUGGAGCUACACCACAAAAGUCAAGAAAAAGAAAGAAAGCUCCAGCAAGUCCAGAACAACCUAUCAUUGCCCCUCUGCUCAAAACAGAUAUUGCAUCUGUUACUCCUGCCACUCAGCAUACACCAGGCUUCACCUUAUCCACUCAUUCUCCAAGCAAUAUUUUGGCCAGUGGGCUUGUUUCUAACACAGGCUUGGUCACCCCUGUGCCUAAUUAUCAGAUUACUGGUAUCAAGGAUGCAGAGCAAAGAAUCUUUUCAGAACAGAUCUCUGGUGCAAUAGAGCAAUCAAUGGGACAAGCAAAAGGGGCAGGUGUGCAUGCGAUGGAUGCAGUUAGGCAUGCUGAAGGUAUUUGGAGCCACUUAUCAACAAAUUCGAAAGGCAAAUUACCUGCAGAAGUAGAAGAGAAGCUUACUUCAGCUGCUGCUGCUGCUUCUGCAGCAGUUUCUGUUGCAAAGGCAGCUGCUGAAGCUGCUAAGAUGGCCUCAGAGGCUGCAUUGCAGGCAAAAAUGAUGGCAGAGGAAGUCCUUUCUUCUACCUAUGCAAAUUCCUCUCAGAAGCAUGAUGCUGGUGAAUUUAAAGUCAGUAACAACCUGGCUAGUUUCUCAAGUUUGACACCCACAUCGUCUUGGAAAACAAAGGAUGACAUUUCCAAGGGUUCCAUUAUUUCAGUGGCACGGGAGGUUGCUAGAAAGAGGGUUGAAGAGGCAGCAGCAGCUGCAAAACGUGCAGAAAACUUGGAUGCCAUUCUGAAAGCUGCAGAACUUGCUGCAGAGGCUGUGUUCAAAGCAGGAACCAUCAUUGGUAUGGGUGAACCUUUACCUUUUACCCUUAGUGAGCUGUUGGAAGCUGGUCCUGAUGGUUACUGGAAAUCUGAUCAAGUGAGGAAUAAGAAGGCUACAAAAUUGGAACUACCUACUGAUUUUAGUAAAUCUGGAAGGAAGCGUGGUGGCAAAGCUAAACAUGACCAUGCAAUACAGAACUUAGAGCCAUCUUCUAGUGGCAAAGGGUUGCAGCUAGAUGUAGUGCAUUCAGGGAACGUGGCUGAAGAUGUUCCCACCAUUGCUCCAGUCAAUGGGAACAGAAAUGAUGCAGCACCGAACAUAAUCUGGAAUGGCAUUGAAAAGGGAUCUGCUGUUGAGGUUUUAGUUCACAAGGGUGAGUCUGGAGUAGCUUGGUUUUCUGCCAAAGUUCUUGAUAUAAACAAUGAUAGUGCAUGUAUCAGCUACGACUCUCACACUGAAGAAACUGGUCUUCGCAAAGAAUGGGUGCCAUUGAGACAGGAAGGGGAGAAGGCACCUCAAAUCCGCCUUGCUCAUCCUGCAACUGUUUCUAGAUUUAAAGGAACUAGGAAGCGCCGUAGGGACACAUCAGGAAAUUACUCUUGGGCUAUUGGUGAUCAUGUGGACGUAUUGAUUGAAGAUAGUUGGCGAGAGGGAAUUAUUUCUCGCAACCGUGAUGGUGAUGAAACAAAGCUUACCGUACAAUUUUCAGCAGGAACCAGUGAUUCCUUAGUUGUUGAUGCUUGGAAUCUUCGCCCAUCACUUGUUUGGAACGAUGGGCAGUGGAUAGAGUGGUCCCGAGGGAAGACGGUUGAUUGUAAUAAGGGUGAUUCUCCUCAUGAGAAACGGCAAAGAACAAAAGGUAAUGAUCAUGUACCUAUUGGUGGAGCAGCAGCAGGCCCUUCUAUGGAUACGAGCACAAAUGCUGCAGCAAAACCAGAGGAGCCAAAGCCAUUGGCUUUAUCUGAUAGGGACAUGGUUUUCAACAUCGGAAAGAGGGUAGUUGAGAGUAAAACUGAUGGUGUUGCUUUCAAGCGACCUGGACUUCGGAAAGAAGGAUCACGGGUAGUUGGUGUUCCAAAACCUGGAAAGAAGAAAAAGUUUAUGGAAGUAAGCAAACACUAUGAUGCAGAUCAAGCUGAUAAAAUUUCUGAGGGUAAUGCAUCUACCAGACCUGUGAAACAUUUGGUGCCAAAUGUGCCAAGACCACGGGAAGGUACUUCUAAAGUUGACCAGAAAGGAAAGAGGAUAGGGGAGAUGAGAUCGAGAGUACCUAAAUCUACAAAGUCUCAGGAUGGUGCAACUAACAUCAUUCCUGGCAAGGGACCUUUAUCCAUGUCUGCCCCAAGCACUGGUGUUUUCGAAAGUAGUCAUACAUUUAUAGGAAGUACAAUAGGUUCUUCCAACAACAUGAACCUCUCUGUAGAAAAGAAUAGUUCUGUCCAUGGCGUUGGCCUUAGAUCUGAAGAUUCUUCUGUUUCUGAACCACACAUCCAAGCUGCAUCUGCUGCUCCUACUUCCAGGAAGAAUUUAACCACUACUGAUCGAGCUAAAAGGAAACUUGUUCCUUCUAUGGAUAAUUCGAACAGGACCACAAACAAAACAUCUGAAAUUCCAGGGAAGAGUGCUGAUUCUACUGAACCCAGAAGGUCGAACCGCCGAAUUCAACCAACCUCACGGUUACUGGAGGGUCUGCAGAGUUCCCUUAUAGUUUCCAAAGUUCCAGGCGAAAAGGGUCCUAGGACUAACUACAGAAGUGCUUCCUCAAGAGGGCGAAACCUUGGCUGAGAAAAAGGCUUUGCUGCGCUGUUGUUGGGAUAAUUCUCGUUUUGUACAUAACUGGUUAGCUCGAUGGAGGCAAAAGAGGAUAGGAUUGGAGUAAAGACUUCCCCGGAGAAGAUGUGCUCAGGUGUAUUAUAUGCUAGCUUAAGUUAGUGGGGUUUAUUUUUUGGAUUUGUACUGGACACUUGUGUUAUGUGAUGUAGAGUAGACAUUAAUCAUCCAAAAACCACCGUUUAAUCUGUAUGGAUACAGCGAAAGAGAAAUUGGACACGGUUUAAACUCAUCGUCUGUGGUAAACCAUUUGACGGAUGUAUUAACCUUCUCCGUCCUUUUGUGGAAUUGAUGGAUUGCUACCUUUUGUUUUGACUUCA